AUGUCAGCUCCCUCUACUUUUAGUGCAGAAACCGCUGAGAAUUUGGAAGACCUGGAAAAACAAUUCGCGGUCGUGGCCGUUGAACAGGCCGAAACCUACUGGAACUUGAUCACAAAAAUUGCUGGCUCUAAGCUCCGUUUGACCAAAUUCGACGAUGAGAUUUACGAGAAAUUUCAAGAACAUUUCCCUGAAUACAAAGACCUGAAAAGACUCAGCAAGUUUAGUGAAGAAGAGCUGAAAACCAAAGAGGCCAAGGAAAGAUGGAGAGCGUUCUUCAAGCUUUUCGAAGAAAAAGUCGACGAUUACAACUUUGGAACCCUAUUGAGAACCGACUCCUCAGCAGAGUACGGCCAAUUCAGUACCUGUUUCGUCGUGAGAUUGCAAUUCUACGCAUUUGAAAUCGCCAGAAACAAGAACAAGCUAAACGACUGGGCCGUUGGCCAUCAGUGA